GGGUUGCAUACGACAGAGGAUAGAACUUCGAUGCCGUAGGGUAAGCAUAGAAAGCUUGCCCUUUUCCUUGGAGUCUAUUUCGAAUCGAACUCGAUAUGCAGCAUUGUUUAGACGUCAACUGCUAACUACAGUGACCAAUACUACUGUAGGGAGAGUAUCUUGAACUGGUACUACUUUAGAGAGGUGGGGUGGAGAGAGACAGAGUAUUCAAACGAGACUUUGAGAUAGAGAGAGAUAUUUAGGAUUUGGGAUAUAGGGUUUAUCAAAGCAGCUUUAGGGAUUAGGGUUUAGCAGGCUAGAGUUAAAGCAUUAGGGUUUAGCAUUAAAGAAAUUGGAGAAAUCGAAACCAAAUGGCUUUCGUUUCAAUGAAAAGAGCCAUGGUUUUUCUGGGUCAUGAAUUUACGCAGAAGAGAUGGAAUCAUUUCUCCAUCUCUGCGCCCUUAUCUAGGGCAGUCGAUCUUCCAUUUGAUAAUAUUCCAGAGGAUUUGGGUCGGUUUAAUGUGAGAAAAACCCCAUUUUUAUCAGAAGGAAAUUCACAUUAUAAAGAUUUAUGCCCCAAAACUGAAGCACCCAAUAUAUCUCCAUUUGGGUCGAUUCAGCUCAUGGCUGUUCCCAAGAAAAAGGUAACACCACAUAAGAAAAGGAUACGCAAUGGCCCGAAGGCAUUGAAGCCUGUGCCGGUUAUUAUGAGAUGCAAGAGUUGCGGGCGUGUUAAGCUACCACAUUUCUUUUGCUGUAGUGGUGAUAGGGGAACCAACUAGUCGGAUUAGUCACCAUGUCGAUUGCCAUUGAUGGUCUUUUUUGGGGGGGAUUUACUUUGUACUUCUGUUUUUUGUACCGCUUUUAAACUGGAAAUCUUCUUGCCAUUUUUAAGCUUCAUCUGGGUUAAGAAAUUUUAGUGGUUA